AUGGCAAGCUUGGUGGGCCGCCCUUCCAUCAGGGGAAGCUCAGAGGCGAUGCGCAUGAUUCUCCUCAACUUUUGCGUAAUAGGGAUAACCUUCACCUGGGGUAUAGAGAUGACCUAUUGCACCCCGUAUCUGCUCAAUCUCGGCCUCACCAAAUCCAAUACCUCGUUGAUAUGGAUCGCGGGUCCGCUCUCGGGCCUCAUCGUCCAGCCAAUCAUUGGUGUUGUAGCAGACGAAAACACAUCCAAAUGGGGUCGUAGGCGCCCCUUCAUGGUGGUGGGAGCCGUCAUUGUAGCGGGCUGUCUCGUGGUCCUGGGCUUUACAAAGGAGAUUGUUGGCUUCCUUGUCAAUGAUGCAGAACUGGCGAGGGGACCGACGGUUGCCUUGGCUGUCCUGUCCAUCUACGCCUUGGAUUUCGCCAUCAACGCUGUCAUGUCAUGUUCGAGGAGCUUGAUUGUUGAUGCACUACCGCUGGAGAAGCAGCAAGCUGGCGCGGCAUGGGCGAGCAGGAUGAAUGCCGUCGGCCACAUCAUCGGCUACGGAUCCGGUGCUGUCGACCUGGUGGGCAUUCUCGGCACGGGCCUUGGCAAGACCCAGUUCCAGCAGCUCACCGUCAUAGCCGCCUUGGCCAUACUCUCGACGACGGGGGUGACCUGCUGGGCUGUGCAGGAAAGCGUCCUCGUCUCCAGCAAAGGGUCAGGGGCGGCAGGUGCCAAAGGCGGCCUCGGCGUCCUGCGCCAGAUCUACUCCACCGCGCAGCAUCUCCCGCCCCGGAUCAAAGCCAUUUGCUGGGCGCAGUUCUGGUCCUGGAUCGGCUGGUUCCCAUUUCUGUUUUACAGCACGACCUGGGUUGGCGAGACGUAUUUCCGCUACGACGUCCCCGCCGAGGCAAAACUCUCCAAGGACACCCUCGGGGAAAUGGGCCGGCUCGGAAGCACGUCUCUUGUCAUCUACUCCAGCAUUACAUGUGUCGGCGCCUUUGUGCUUCCGCUCCUGGUCAAGUCCCUGGACGAGGAGACGUACACGGCCAGGCCGCCGCAGGCAGUGGCCGGCUUGCUGAAGGCGUUUCAGGGCCUCAAGCCGGAUUUGCUGACGAUGUGGGUCUUUGGGCACAUGAUGUUUGCGGCCUCGAUGUUUUUCGCGCCAUUCGCCACGAGUUAUUGCUUUGCUACCACACUCGUUUGUCUCUGCGGCAUACCCUGGGCGAUCGCCAUGUGGGCGCCCACCGCUCUUCUCGGAAUCGAAGUAAACAAGCUGAGCGGCCACGGUUACCGGAGGCUGUCCAACGACCCGACGGAGAUGGAAAUGCCCAGCCUAAACGAGGGCGCACCGUCCCUGUUGUCGGGCGACGGGCCCGAGGCUUCGCCGUCGAACACGUCUCCAAGCGGCGAGCUGUCGGGCGUCUACUUUGGUAUUCUGAACAUAUACACCACAAUACCCCAGCUCCUGGGAACAAUGAUCGCCACGAUUGUCUUCUCCAUACUGGAACCCGGGAAGAGCCGCGAGCUCGCCGACGAUUCCGUGGUGGAGCCCGAGAAGGAUGGCCCGAACGCCAUCGCCGUGUGUCUGUUCAUUGGGGCCAUGUGUGCGGUGGUGGCGUCUUUUGCUACGAGGAAACUACGACACUUGUAG